AUGAAGUUCAUACAAUCAUCUCGAGCUUGUUCUGAUGCUAAUUGUAUGGUUGUGAUGAGAGUUUGCAAAUCAAAGCCAACAAGAUUUGACACUCCAUAUGGAUUGCGUUUUAGGACAUCUACAGAUGAGAAUGGAGUACCGGUAGUUCAAACACCUACCGGUAUCGGUUAUGUACAACACAACGUGUACCAGAUUUGUCCAAAGAAGAGUCACAACAACUCAAUUCACGAUACACAACAUGAUUUGAGUCGUAUGUCCUCAAAUAACAUCUCAUCAAACCGGCAAACCAAUACUGCCAGCGAUGAACCAUUGGUUUGCCCGGUCCAUGGAUUAUCGCCUCAGCCUCAAGAUGAUGAACCUAAGGAGUUUGAUGAAUUCAAGGAUUUGAGACGAGGUUUGGGCCAAAGGCAUAUUCAAAUGAUUGCUUUGGCUGGUACAAUUGGGACGGGUCUAUUCUUGGGUUCUGGAAAAGCUAUUGCUAGAGCAGGUCCACUAGGAGCGUUACUAGGAUAUACUUUCGUAGGAAUACUAGUGUCAGGCGUUGUUCUUUCUAUAGCGGAACUAAGUGCUCUGGUUCCUUUGAGUGGAGGUAUUAUCCGCCAUGCCGAAUAUUUUGUCGAUCCAGCUCUCUCAUUCGCGAAUGGUUGGAACCAAGUUUACAGCAAUAUCAUUACCAUCCCUGCCGAGCUCGUUGCUGCUGCCGUUAUAAUCCAAUUCUGGGUUCAAAUCAAUAAUGCGAUCUGGAUCAUAUCCUUCGGGCUCCUGCUGGUCGCUAGUAAUCUACUUUUUGUUCGGGUCUAUGGAGAGCUCGAAUUCACAUGCGCAAUCUUGAAGAUUAUGCUCAUCGUGGGGUUAAAUAUAAUGGCACUUGUGAUUACUUGCGGUGGAGGACCAAAUGGUGAAACAUAUGGUUUCCGAUAUUGGCACAAUCCCGGACCAUUUGUUGAUUACCUAGGAUAUACUGGCGCGUUGGGGCAUUUCAUGGGGUUCUGGACCACAUUUUCGAACGCAGUAUAUGCUUAUUCUGGGGUCGAGAACUUCUCUCUUGCAGCCGCAGAAACCCAGUCACCGCGAAGAAACAUUCCAAUCGCUGCGAAAAGAAUCUUCUUUCGAGUGAUGCUGUUCUACGUUCUCUCAAUUUUUAUGGUGGGUAUGAUUGUACCAUCAAAUGACAAAGAGCUCUUAAGGUCAACCGGAACAGCUGCGCAAUCGCCAUUUGUUAUUGCUGCCAACAAAGCCGGAAUCAAAAUUGUUCCUUCUAUCAUCAAUGCUGUGGUAUUGACCAGUGCGUGGAGUGCUGGGAAUGCAGCUAUGCUUGGCGGAUCCCGAAUGUUAUAUGGGCUCGGUCAACAUGGACACGCACCAAGAGUCUUCCUUCAAACCAAUCGUUUUAAUGUACCAUACCUUGCCAUUGGAUUUCUUAGUUUGUUCAUUUGCCUCGGUUUUCUGACCCUUUCGGACUCUGCAAAUAUUGUCUUUAAUUGGCUCCAGGACUUCGUAGCUGUCUCUGCACUUAUAAACUGGAUGAUUAUUUGUGGUGUAUAUCUACGAUUCUAUUAUGGAUGUAGGAAGCAAGGAAUUUCUCGAUCAAAUCUACCAUGGAAAGGACCAUUUCAACCAUAUGCUGCAUGGAUAGCACUCAUCUCUUUUAGCGUUCUUCUGCUUACAGGUGGUUAUUCCGUUUUUAUCAAAAACCACUGGGAUACGGAAACUUUCAUCUCAUCUUAUAUCAAUAUUCCCCUUGUCCUCAUCUUGUACUUUGGGUAUAAAUAUAGAAAAGGUACUGGGAUAAUUCCAUUAUCGGAUAUUCCAAUUCAGAGAUUCAUCGAUAUCGCAAAUGACCAUCCGGAGCCGGAAGAGAAGAAGGUUGUUGGUUGGAAGCGGUUUAAUAUUUUGUGGAGUUAG